GGGGUAUAGAAGAAUACACGCAGCACAGGACAGGCGCUGUUAUUCUCUUAAAAUGUCAAAAUUAGGAGUUUAGAAAUCUGAGCAUCUGGCCACGUAUACAAAAUGGCGGCGCCCAUGCGCUAGUAACGCGAACGAAGCGGAAUAACAAUCGUCGCAGUUAAGAUAUUUAUUUAGAUUAUUUACGCUCGCAAAACAUCGCUGAUUCUUCAGGAGAGUCUCGCAAGCGGGUCGCGCGCCCGAGCGCGAUCCCCGAUCGUCGGUUGAAACGUGAGAUUGUGUUUUGACCGCCGCUGCGCACAUCUGCAGAGUAGCGAUGCCCGAAAUUUGCCCGAGUGGUUUCGUUGAGGACAUCGAGGACGUGGUACGAUCGGCCGACGAUGUCUUCUCGCCGAAGACGCGUAGCGAGGUCGUUCCUCGCGUCAGGAGGCGCAAGGAUGCCCCUGAAGCCUGCGGCGACAGUUUCUUGCCAGGCACCCACAAGAUCCACGUAAAAACCUGGGGCUGCGCCCACAACAGUUCGGACAGCGAGUACAUGGCGGGUCAGCUGGCGGCCAAAGGAUACACUAUUGUCGACGAUGCCAGGAGCGCCGACUUGUGGCUCCUCAACAGCUGCACGGUGAAGAAUCCCGCGGAAGACCACUUCCGGGGCGCCAUCGAGGCGGCCCUGCAUCAGGGCAAGAAGGUGGUGGUGGCGGGGUGCGUCUCCCAAGCGACACCCAACGUGGGAUACCUCCGCGGCCUCAGCAUCGUGGGCGUCCAGCAGACCGACCGCGUCGUCGAGGUGGUCGAGGAGACCCUCAAAGGCAACUCCGUCCGGCUCCUGGGUUCCAAGAAGGAAGGCCGACGGAAAGCCGGUGGCGCCCCGCUGACCUUGCCAAAGAUUCGGCGCAACCCACUCGUAGAGAUUAUUGCCAUCAACACAGGCUGCCUGAAUCGAUGCACCUACUGCAAGACCAAGCACGCCCGCGGUGACUUGGGCAGUUACCCGAUCGAUGAACUGGUGGCACGGGCAAAGCAGGCAUUCGAAGAAGGCGUGCGCGAGAUCUGGCUGACCUCGGAGGACACGGGAGCCUACGGUCGGGACAUCGGGGUCACGUUACCUGACCUGCUGCGGGAGAUGGUGCAGGUCAUACCCGAGGGCUGCAUGCUACGGCUCGGCAUGACAAACCCGCCCUACAUUCUCGACCACUUGGAGGACAUGGCCGAGAUCUUGAACCAUCCCCGCGUCUACUCCUUCCUUCACGUCCCCGUGCAAUCUGGGAGCGACCCUGUGCUGACCGAAAUGCGAAGGGAAUAUACCGUCGCCCAGUUCCGCAGUGUGGUGGACCACCUCCGGAAAGCUGUUCCAGGAAUCACAAUUGCUACAGACAUCAUAUGCGGAUUCCCCACAGAAACCGAGGAAGCUUGGUUGGCCACUUUUCACCCUGGCAAUUAAUUGGCUUUGAUUUGCCUCAAUGGAUGACAAUAAAAGGAGUACUAGAAAGGAAGUUAGCCAAUCUAAGCAAUAAGGAACUUGCGUUAAAUUCUGGCGUCUUACAUGCGAAAGCCACGACACGACUACGAGGCACAUUGUAGCAUGCAACUACAGAUAAAUGUCUACCUCCUCGGAUUCUUUAAUGUGGACCUAAAUCUAAGUCCACAGGCAUUUUAACAGCAGAGCUGUUUAAGCUGGCCAUGACCUGUCCAGCGUGAACAAA